ACACACACACACACACACACACACACACACACACACAGACACCUUACCCAUCGGCACUCGCUGACACACUCAGCACAAAUCGACAGUUCUCACAGAAGAUUCAUCCAUCAUUUCUCGAUGGCGGAUAUAGACUAAAUGCCACUUGAGCUGUAUUUAAUCUCUAUAUAAAACUCUCUGAGAAAGUGUUAAUUGCACCCUCAGCACAUUGUAAAAUGCCUCUUGUGACAAAUAAUUGGUUUAAUAUUCCUGCAGGGAUUUACAAUGUGCAGAGCACUACAGUGAUAUUAUUGUGACCUUAUCAUGGCCUAACAGCUUUUUAAUGCAUUACCUCACAAUUAGAUUUCUGUUAAAGCUAUCAUUUCUAGCUUGCUGCAUGAUAAUUUACCAGGCUGCUGUCUAAGAAUUACUCGAUAAUUCUGAUUUAUUUGGCCAGUUACAUUUGAUUGUGGUUGUUGGGUGAGCAUUCAGCUCCAUUUGAUUUAUUUAUUUUUUUCUUGAAUGGCCACUAGAGGGUAGUCAUGUAGUUUCACUAAGACAAGUUGUCCCACCACUUAUGCAUGGCUUGGUUUUUACCCCCAUUUAGUUCCAGCAUUAUCUUAUUUCUUGUGCAUUUCAGUUAUGUUUCUUUGAAAAUGUUUUUGGGUCAACUGCUGCAAAAAAGUAAACACUGCAACUAGAAUUCCAACAUAUUUAUGAUUAUUAGAUAAAUGUUAAUCUUCUAAUAACCCUGGCAUUUUUACAGCAAGUAAGCAUAGAUAUAAACACAUACUCUUUUAGAAUGUUUAUGUUUGAAGCUCAGUCGUCACAUUAUGAAAGAUAGACACUUACUGUAGAAAAGAUCAAUCGAUGAAAAUAUUUUUCUUCUGAGUAAAAUAUUGUCCUAUACUGCCGAUUCAAAGAGGAUUCAAAGAGGAUUUUGUCCCAUAUUGGGCAGACCAAAAUGGCAGCAGAAUUUCUAGAGGAGCAAUACAACGACAUCCAGGAGGAAAAUGAUCAAUAUAAGCAGCUCAUCAGUCAGGAGAAAGAGAAUUUGGUCUCUCUGGAUAAGGAGCUAACUGCAGCAGAGACCAGGAUUCAGGAAAAGUUGGCAGUCCCAGGUGGCAUCCUCAAAGAAGAGGGGAAACCCCGCCGCCACAGCAAACAAAUCCGCAUCUUAGAAAACAAACUAAACCAGGACACUGUUAAGUUUGAUGAGAUGCUAUGCAGCAACAUGGAUUACCAUAAAGAAAUAGCUCACCUGCUGCAGCAGAAGGGCACAGUGUGCAAUAUCGAAGAGAAAUUUAACAGACAGUUGGCCACGCAGCAAGGCAUCAUGGACAAACUAGGGGAGAAGUCCACCCUCGCUUUCAAUCAGAGGUCAGAGGCACAGACUCGAAUGAAGGAAUUAGAGGUGAGGGAUGGAAUUGAGGCAGACACCAAAAAAAAGAUGCAGCAGAAGAUUCUCAACGUCCACAACACCAAACUGCGCAGUUUCAUGGAGAAGAAGUCCCAAGAAAUUAUUCCUUUGAAAGAGGAGGAAGACUCCAAGACGAGAAAGAAACAGCAGCAAUAUCAGAGUGGAGUUAAGAGGCUGGAGAUGUACAUGCAGGGACACAGUACGCUGGUGGAGGUCACUGGUGAAAAGGAGCUGUGUCAGAUAGGCCAGUCAUUUAUUCAGAACGAACAGAAGAAUUUUGCUCUUAUCAACUAUAUCAACGAGCUGCACAACAGAAAGAAUAUGAUGAAGAUCUGCACAGGCACGAAGAAGAGCGACAUUAUGUUCCUUGAACAAGAAAAGAACACACACGAUGAGCAGAAUGAGGGCCAGUUCAAGGAUUUAGAGUCUGAGUUAGAGAAGUACAGCUGCCUGGCUGACUCUCUGGAGAAUCAGUGCGCUCUGGUUCAAGAGGCUCUGGACCAGCUAAAGACUGCCAUCACUGGCCUUGUCAGCGAGAUAAUGCCAACAGCCGUCAUUGUCACUUUUGACAACAUCACACACUUCACUAGUAUCCUUGCACAGAGUAUUAGUGACCUGAUGAUCCAGGCCAACACUGAGGAAGAUGAGCAGACAGGGUUGCCUCCUCAAAACCUGCUGCUGGCCAAUUUUGACUUGCUACCAGAGGGUGAGGAAGUUGUGGACACCGAGCGCGGCAGGUCUCCUGCGCUCUCGCUCAAGUCUGCCCGAUCAGACUGAGAAUGGUGCAGUCAAACAGUCUCUUACACACUUGUGAUGGCAAUAAACACAUUUCAGCAUAAUUUGCUGGUUAUUUAC